CGAACAUUGAUCUUAUAAAUCAUAAAGAAAACUUAAACCGACAGAGUAGCGUAGCACAUUAUUGAAAAUUUCCCAUUCCCCUUGGAACAGUAUCUAUUUUCUAGCUGAUAUGUUUGAGAACUCCCUGUUUAUCAUUAAGCCGGACUAUCUGCACAAGCGGCGUCCGGUGCUCUUGAAGUUGCUGGCUGAGGGCUUCCAGCUUCAGGGUAAUCGAAGGAUUGCCUUUUCGCCAGAGACUGCCGCCGAGUUCUAUGCUGAUUAUGCCGAUGAAAAGGGUUUCAUGCUGGAGGUUAUUCUGCUUUCGAAGGGUGUUUCCGAGGCCUUCAUAGUUACCAAGGAAAAUGCAGUGCAGGAGCUGCUCAACAUCAUGAUUUGCUAUUUUGGUUCGGCAUCGGACCUGGAACGCAAUAUCCAUGUUACCAAGAACAGCUACAGUGUGGCCCGCGAGAUAAACUUCAUUUUUCCCAACUAUAUUCAUGAGCCCCAUCAAAUGUUCGACCACAAUAACUUCUGCAAUAGGCCGAUGCUGAAGCCGCUGCUCGAGGAGAUCUACGACAUAAUGCAGAACCUAGACUGCAGCCAGGAGAACUGGAAGGUGCGUUUGUCCGAUUACCUGGUGCGCAGCAAUCCAAAGAUGCCCGAAAUCAGCAACCAGUGCCAGCAGCGGCCGGAUGUCGCAAUCCAGGACAAAUCGCAGCAGACCACCAUGACCUAUGCACCGAUGCCGAGUGCGCGGGGAGUGCAGCCGCGAGUCAAGAAAACCCAAAGCAGCAGUGCACCCUUGUCCACCACAUCCCCGCAUUCCUCAAUGCAGCUCUCAUCGUCUUCCUGUGUCACCUGCGGAGGCUUCGAAAGAUCUGAGCCCUGUCUUGAGGAACUGGAUCUCAAUAAGCGCGUGGAGCCCCAUGACGAGGAGCCAGUUUGUGUGGACGAGGAGAUCUUGUGGAAGGAGGUUAUUGUCUACGAGGAAGUCCAACCGGAGGCGGAGGAACAGGACUCCAAGGAGGACCUGCGGGACCUGGAGGAGGAACAGGAAGGGGAGGAUGGGAGUUCGGAUGCGGAGUCAGACCGAAGUGUUCAUGAGGCUCCACCGCCACCAGCUGAAGAUGAGGAGUCUGAAGCGGGUGACACUGCUGCCGCGGAGCCAGGUGAAGCUGCUCACGCUCCGGAAGCAGCUCCUCCUGCUCCAGAGGCUGCUCCUGCGCCUGAAGCCCCUCCAGUGGCUGAAGAACCUGCUCAGGCAGCAGAAGCUCCCGCAGAGGAAGCUCCACCAGGGGAAUAAGUUCGGUUCUCUAGUACACCUGUUGCCCUAUAAUUUGUUUGUAGAAGCAUUGAAAAAAAUGGACUAAAAUGCGCGCAAUUUUGCAUCACCAACCAUUGCACCCGUUGAACCACCUUAAACUGGCAAUUGCGCACUCGCAGAAUUUUUGGAGGAGGGUUCAAAAUGCUGGUCCUGCAGUUUUUUUAUUUGCCCCUAGAAAGUGCAUCCCACACGGCAGGAAAAUCAACAGGAGCAACAGCUUUUUAGCCUCCAACUUGCCGCUGGCCAAAUGGCAAAGUUUUUUCGCCCCUUUCAAGUGUCCAAUACAAAAAAAAACGUUGAAAAUUAAAACAAACAAUGAAAUCAAAUUAAAUUUAUGGGCCAACUUUCGGUGCAGAAGUGUGCGUUGCAUGUGGCACACUUUUUCGCGGGGCAAAGUGCCCUGCAGUGGCUGCAAUUAACCCAAUUAAACAAAAACAAUAGAUUUUGCCUGGAUUAUUUGGCUUCUAACGAUUUACAUUGAUUAAAAGGGUAAUUUAGGUUUGGGUGGUGCUUUUAGAAGCGAAGCCAAGUAAUACUUCCGCAUCGAGCAGGCUAAAAUCAAGUAUGUUUUUCAUAAACGAUUAUUAAAUCAGUAUAUCACAUCUCUAGAAUUCUAAAACUUUUGCUAAGACUUACUUAAAAUUUGCUAAGAAAUCUGAAGCUAAUUCCGUUGAUCCUCAGACUUUGUGUAAGAUAAAGAAAAAUACAUGUUUA